CUAGUCACAGGGUUUAUUUAACACGUAGACCAAACCACCCCUCUAUCACACAUUUACCCGGGAGUAGAGCAUCUGAACUAUUGCUGUGCUUGGAUCUCAGAGUGACAACAUCACAUUGACAGUCUCUGCAAAGCAAUAGCCUGAUGAAAUAAUAUUCUUUAUAGAAAAAGUGUUCACUAUUGAAUAGAAUAACAUAACAAUAUUUUUAGCAAUAAGAACAAACUUUUUUUCCUCUCAGAUGACAGUAUUAGCUGAAUAUUGAAAGACAACUGAAGCCUAGUUUUAAGAUUGAAUUGUUUGGAUACCAAUAUUUGGAUUUCAUAAAGACGCAAAAUGGAGAGGAUUACAAGUGCGCAACCUCCUCCUUGUAUGGCAAAACACCAGUCGCUGGAGAUGGCAGACAUGCAAGGAAAAGAUUUCCCAAAGUACGUGUGCAAACACCGAAAGGGAAUGAAGCGCGUGGAAGACAGUAAGGAGACAUACAAGUUACCCCACCGAUUGAUUGAGAAGAAAAGACGUGACAGAAUCAAUGAAUGCAUUGCCCAACUGAAGGAUUUAUUGCCAGAACAUCUCAAACUCACAACUCUAGGCCAUUUGGAGAAAGCUGUGGUGUUGGAACUCACCCUGAAGCAUGUGAAAGCCCUGAGCACUCUCCUGGAACAGCAGCAGCAGAAAAUCAUUGCAUUGCAAAUCAGGGAUCAGAGCAGUGUUAGCUCAGAGAACAGUGAGGAGAUGUUCCACUCUGGCUUCCAUGUCUGUGCUAAGGAGGUCCUCCAGUACCUGGCUAACCAGGGGAGCAGCAGAGACCCCCUGACCCCCUCUGAAAUGAUCAGCCACCUCCACAAAGUAGCAUCAGAGGUGCUCCAGGGUCCAUUCAGCCCCCGGUCCGAAGAGCCCACCCACAAACCCAUCGAUAGCAUGGAGAAGCCUGCUGGUCAGAUGCCUAAGGGCAAGGAGGGUCACCCCAAGAACUUUGUGUCUGUCAUUCAAAGGACAUACCCCCAUGGACAUGGAGAGCAGAGUGGCAAUGACACAGACACUGACAGCGGCUAUGGAGGGGAACAUGAGAAACGGGACCUCAAAGCCCAACGCUCAAGCUACUACAGCAAGGAGGAAGAGCUCAAAUAUGCUCUGGCUGAGAGGUUGGCAGGAGGUGGCGUCAAGCAGGAGGGUGCUGAGCCCCAGGCCAAGAGGUUAAAAUCUGACUACUCAGAGGACGAGUCUUCCUCUGGGCAGGUGGUUAGCAGCCAUCACAGCUACAUGACCUUCUCCCAACACCAGACCCCCCUCUGCGUGCCCUUCUACCUCAUCCCCCAAGCAGCUGCAUCGUGGCCCAUGAUGGAGAAGUGCUGGUUCCCAGGGGGCAUGCCCUUUUUGUACCCGGGCAUGAAUGUCUCAGCAGCCAGCUUGUCUCCAGAGAAAAUACCUCAAAACUUAGUAAUGUCUCCCAGGGCAGGUUCCCCGACACUCUACCAAGCACCCAUGGACUCACCAGCCCUCCUUCAAGCUUUAAAACGCCCCCCCAUGAACUUGGAAUCCAAAGACUGAUACACUUUUGUGUUUGCACCCUGCUCUAUGAAUGUUUGGGGUUGAACGGAUCGCCUGCCGGAAGGCGUCCAGGUUAGCAAGGACAAACACGAGAGCACCAGUUUGUCUCCCUCAGCAACAGCAGCCCACACUCUCCCUUUGAGAGCAAACAACAACUGUCACGCACAAACCCAGUGGCCACAACCCUCCAAACCAGCCCACAGAUCAACCUUGGAGCCAGUUAGAACUGAAUCUCUGACCCUAUGGAUCACAGAUGACCUGUUGCAAAGCUCUGAGUCACUGUGAAGAGCUGGUCAACACAAGGACAUGACAAAAGUGGUUAAGAGAAGGACUGUGGGGAUGGCUUCCCUGCACUUGUGUUGAAUGUCAGAGUUAAACCCUGACUGUGAUGAGCAGACAGCACAGCCCCCAGCCAUUCAGACCUGCCCUUUGCACACACACCGGUCUGUAUUGAUUGUAAGAAUUUAACAAAACCCCUGUAGAUACUGCUUGAGGUUCUAUGUGUUUUAGACGUGCGACCGGAGGAUCCACAUUUUCUGCAUCUGUAACUGCAAAGGACCCGCCUUUAGACCAGAACGCUACCAAAUACGUCUCUGGUUUAUGUUGACCAGGGUUGUCACAAAAUCCAUUGCUCCCUCUUCACCCACCAAGUGUACGCUACAUUGCAGCUAAAUGGACUCCACUGGAUUUUAUUCUUUAGAAAAAGUCAGGAUGGUGUCACCGGACCUGAUAUGUGUCACUCGUGUAAAUAGAGGAAUGAUGCAUUCAGUUAUGCAUUUUAGUUUUGAGUUUGUAAGUCACUACCAUUCGUGUAAGUAGUUCUUGUGAGGUAAUGUCUUGUAAUUAUUUUGUUAUACUACUUGUACAUCUCUAUUUUUGAUACAUGACCUAUAGAGUGUAUUUGCAUUGUAACUAGAGGGAGGGAAUUUUAGAUGGCCAUUUUGCUGUUUGCCAAGAGAACAUGUACAUAGCAUUGUGCUAAACCUGAUUUGCAUCAUGCUCAUUAUUCAUUUCGGGUCUGGUCAAUUUCUGGCCUGACCGUAGUUCAUGCUUGAUUUUGCUUAAAGCAGACAAAUUAUGGCAGAUGCUGAAAUGUAUUUGUAUCAAUUAUUGAGGCUGUGGCAAAGAGAGGAGAAUGAAUGUAAUGCUACAGCAAAAUGUUAGUUUUGUAUAGGAUAAGGUACUUGGGAUUUUCAUUUUGGGACAUAACAGAAGGUUGCUUGUUGUACAUAUUUUGUCUAUAAAGUAUUGUUUACAUAAAGUUUUCUUCGGUGGAAA